CCCCCCCAGCAGCACAGCCAGACAAACCAGCACCUCCCUGGCGCCAUCGGCCCAGCCCGGGGGGGAGAAAACAAUGAGCGAUCAAACCAACGAGCCCCUCGGGACUUUGGGGCAGCCGGUUCCCGGGCACCGAGCGCUGCAAACGAGCCCUUUGCUGAGGGCUCUGCAAGACCCCGCAGAGCUCCCGGCGCGGGGGUUAAACGGCAGCUCGCGUUUCUCUGCAGCCCGGCUGACAUCAGGCUGCACUUUUUGAGGCACUUCGUGAGGAUCGUGUACAGGAUGGCCAGGUUUUGUUUUGUGCACACUUGAUCAAACGUCGCAGAACCUAUGAAGCAGGUUCUGACCCUUUUCCUGCUGAUGGCAAUAAACCUAUCAGGAAACCUCGGCGAGCUCUUUUUCUGCAGCUACACUCACCUAAUGAGGUAAGCCUGGCGGGGUAAAACAAAAGGCACUGCAGAUGCCUAAGUUUAUUCUCAGGAAAGUACAAUUAAAGAGGCCUUGGGUGCCCUGAAAUAGGGUGUUGCCUUUGAGCUGAAACCUGCAAACAGGAACGGCUGCGGGGGGCGAGGCUGUGAGAAUAGGUGACAAGCGGGGUACGACUGCCUUUGGACCUCAAGUGAAGCGCUGGAGGGUUCUUUCUGCCACCGGAUUUUACGGAUUGUACUUUGGCGACCCAGACGGGACCGCGCUCCUGCACCUCGAGGGAUCCGGGGAAUCGCAGCAUCUCCAGGCGGCAGCGAGGGAUUUUCGGGAAGAAUCUCUGACCCCUGAACCGAAGAGCUCGGAGCAAGUUCCCUGUCUUCACUAACGGGCUUGACACAAGUGCGAGUGAUUGGUGGCACGUGAAGGCUGAGGAUUCGUUCUGCUGCUGGUGCCUGUUCAGCUGCUGUUUUCCGUUGCCUGAGAAAAGGCGAGGAGAGCUGCGUUCCUGCAGAGGCCACUGCAGAGAACCUUUGACAAAAAUCUGAUUUCCAAGACAUUAUGGGCAAGCGAAAAGGAAGUGGGCUUUCCUACAGGUCUAUUUUAUCUGGAUUGCAUACUGAAUUGAUGAAUGAAAAAGCUGAACAAACUAGAAAAGUGUAUGUCUGGAGAUUUGCCUCUUGACAAACUUCAACAAGAGUUAUUUCUUUGUCUAUGCACUGAGGAGAAGAACAACAUAUCAAGUGCCUUUGAGUAACUGAAGUUUUUGUCUGGAGAUAGCACGAGGUUUCUCCAUGUCGCUGUUGAAGCUAAAGCUGUGAUCUCUGUCUCAGCUAUAUUUUGUCACUAAGAGAUAACUGGGAGGCUGCACAACAUUUCAGAUAAAAUGUUGGGUGUGGAAACCUAUUCUCAUCAAAUAAGUAUUAUUCUUUUAAUUUUCCUGUUACCUCAGAAAGGAAUUUCUUAGGGUUAUAGUGCACGUACUUGGCUGUGCUGCCCGUACUGGCUGGCUUGAAUGUGCUGCUUCUCACAGGCAGAACUAGAGAUGGGGACUGAUUUCUUGCAUUCCUUCACAGAGCAACAAGCUGGUGAAUCACAGUGUUAUGUGGGAACCAAUGGGAGGCGGUAAAAAGAUUAUUUUGCUGGCUGAUAAUAACAUAUUAUUGUGGGAUUUGCAGGAAAGUUCAGCCGAAGCUGUGUUAAAAGGUAACAAGGUCCACAGAUGAGGCUCUGGAGGAAUGGUUCAAGAUGCAGCUUCUCCCAGCUCAGAUGCAUUACACAGACUUGCAGGCUGCUGCUGAGGGGAGAGCACACUUUUCAGCUUAAGGCCUCAUACAACAAGACCACAUUAGACUGUCCUCUGAUCACACUGAAUGUCCUACCUGAUCCUGAGAAACCUGUCUGCUUGAAUGUAAAAUACAACAAAAAUGCUUCUUUUCCAGCAGGAGGUACCUUCCCUGAUGUUAUGGUUAGUGUCCUUUCUGAAGAUGACACCGUUCUUGAAAAUAUUAAUCCAGCACGGAUUUCUAUGAAGACGUGGGAAAUGCAGAGCAGCGGAACUAGGAUGCCAGUUGAUGUUACAACAUUUAGCUGUAGUAAAGUGAAGGAUGACAAGGAAGAUGGCUUCUUCUACUUCAGGGAGCUGAGGCUCAGAUUCAGAGUUCUCACCCAGCUUGAUAUGCAAUGCAUAUGUACCUCCGUUUGUAAUUCCCUCUGUCCUGGCCAUCCAAGAAAGUACCCCAUCUGGGAAGGCAGUUGCUGCAACCACCUCUCUCGUGAUUUGGCCAGUUGAGCAGCAAUUUCUACAUGUUAAAGGGGUAUAAAAGGCGUUUCUGGGCCAAUACUUAAAGUUGCAGUAAUAUUGUAUAGACAUGAUGUGCCAGAACCUAGUGCUGGCUGAAAACAGUCCUGGAGGCGAUAGCACUGAAUAUAUUAUUGUAUUUGAGGCAGAUCUGCCAGCUUUGAAGAAACCUUUGGAACCAUACCGUCUGUCGUUUAUGUUUUACAAUGAUUUCAAGAAGCAGCAGCAGAUGGCAGCACUUACAAGGGAGAGAGACCCAUUCUCUCAGUCCAUAGGUGUUUACAGAAAUUGGUUUGAUACUACUCAUCAGCUUGUAACUGAAAUUAAAUGUCAGGCUAAAGAAGCUGAAACAAGAGAAGCCCACCUGAGGAACAAACUGAAAAAACACCAAAUUGAAUUACCACAGACAAACACACUUCAUUAUGUGGAUUCUCUUCUAAAACAAAAGAUGUUGCAUCAAGAAGGAUGAAUGAAACAGCCAAGGCAAACUUGUGCCCUCCCAAACUAUCCAAAAGGCAACCAGGAUAUUUUAGGCAAGAUUGCACAUUUAGCUCAAACUGAGGAUAAUGAAGCAGCAAAAGUUACCUCUUGGCAUUUGGCAGGUGACGUGGACUGUGUAGUCACACUGACUCCUGAAGCUGCUCUGUCUGGUUUUGAUGAAACUCAAGGUCGACAACAAGUGUUACCCCUUGAUUCUGUUUACAAGAAGACACCCCCUGCUUGGAACAGGUGCCUGCAGCGCUGUCUGAUUCCCAAGACCGCGUCAGCAGGAACUGAAAAUCCUGAUACUGGUUUUGUAUUUUCAUCCCGCAGAAGUCGCUGCAUUUGUUGGGCUUUUUUCCAGUCCUCUUCCUCUCAAACAGCUCCUGCGUUCUUAAAGAAGAAAGUCUUGCGUCCGGUCGGCCGGACCCCGGAACAUGUGCGGCUGGGUUCGGGAGAAACAGAUACAAGGUUCUCCUUCUGUGCUGCAGCAACUCUUGCACUUCUGGGAAGGCUGGAUGCUAUUGAUGUGGGGAAGGCAGUAGAAUUUGUUCUGUCCUGUAUGAACUUUGAUGGAGGAUUUGGCUGCAGACCAGGCUCUGAAUCACAUGUGGGACAGAGCACCACUAAUUUUGCAGCUGCAAGCCCAGGAAGCUGCCAUCUGCUCAAAGUUAUUACUAAACUCAGGAUUUUAACACCACUAGAAACAGUAAUGUCGAACACUGCUUGUGAUGCAGGGAGCACAACAAAAUUAUUCAGUCUGAUUACAGAACACUUUAAGAAUGUGGCUUUUACAACUGUCCAAAGAAAAUACUUCAAUGAAACAAAAGGUUUGGAAUACAUAGAGCAAUUGUGUGCAUCUGAAUUCAGCACCGUUUUCAUGGAGAGUCAAUCAAAGUGUGUUUAACUAAGGAGAAGACACCGUGUCCAGGUACUGCUGUCUUGCAGCUGCUGCAGCUUUGCUAAAAUAUGUUGAAUUUAUUCAAAAUUCAGUUUAUGCUCCUGAAUCACUCCAGGUGUGUUUUCAGGGGAGGGAGAAAACUGCUAUGAUAGAUUCGUCAUCGGCACAAAACCUCGAUCUAGUCAUUAAUAACAGAGGUUCUCGAUACAGUCAACCCUCAAGUGUGAGACACUGGGAUGUGUAACAUGUAAAAGCCCUGAACAUGCAAAUAAUUGAACAGUCACUUGCUUUUUUGUGUCCUGAAUUACACUAAAACUCCAGGAGGAGGUCAAAGACUUAGAUCCAAUAUCCUGGAGCCACUGGUUGAUGCUGAAACAAUUAACAUGAGAUUGGACUGUGUUCAGGAAUUACUCCAGGAUGAGGAGCUCUUUUUUGGUCUUCAAACAGGUAAUAGUUUAUGUUUAAUACAUAGUAUUCAAUACAUACUAUUUCUUUUUAAACAUCCUUUCUAAGCUAUGAAAGUAUGCAGUAGGACUCAGUAUGUUUGAAAAGCAUUAGUUUAAUGAUUUUUUAGGUGACAGUUAUAUAGUGGACACAAUUUUUUUGAAGUCUUCUUUAUUAUGAUAGUGAUAUUUUUCUCAGGUGUUUUGCUAAGAUAAGUUAAUUUCUCUGAUAAAUUGCAUAGAAGUAAGUGAGCUAAUAGCUUCUGUGAAGAAUUUGAGUUUGUCUCUUCACUACCAUGGCUAGAUGCACUGUUGGAAGGGCACGUAAUGUACUCAAUAAAAGCAGGUGAAAGAACUACUGAUGCAAUACUUGUUGUGUAUGCAUACUUUUUCUAUUGCUUCAAAGAACAUAGUGGUCCACAUCAAUGUAAAAAAAAAUACAGUUCUGGGCUAUGAGUUAGUCCACCUGAAGUUAGGUCACGUAAUCUUAAUCUCUGUCACAACAGAAACACUGUCCAAUCUAACAAAAAGAAUAUUGCUGAAUUUACAUGUGUCCACCUGUGCAGUGAUCACUACGUGCUUAGCUAUAGCAAGCAUAGUUAUGACAAAGUCAUUUGAUAGCAGCUGUUUUUAACCUGUUUUCUGUGAAGAAAGAACAAAAGAAAAGGAUGAGCACAAGUAUCACUAAUCAAUUGUGUGCAUUUCAAAAACAGAUUUUAUUACAAUUUAAGUUCAGUUUCUGAUCUGUUUACUUCUGCUUUACAGUUAUCUCAAAAUUCCUGGACACAGAACAACUACUUUCAGUUUUGGUACAAAUUCCAAAGCAGGAUACAGUACGUUUUGAAAUAGACCUGGCUGUAACAUGCAGCAUAGAAAUGUAGAUGAUAGGACUCGACAAAGACUGCACCUUAAAAAGACAUGGAAUCAUGUUAUUGUAGAUUAAGAGUAUAGCUCAGCAGAGAACCUUACAUCUGAAGCACACAGACAUAUCUGGGUUUUGAAUAGUGUCCUCAACUUGACCCCUUCCUCUCUGUUAAUCUUUGAACGCAAGGAAUAAGUAACAUGUGGAAGUACUGAUUACUCUUAAGUUUUCUCAGGGUCUUAUCUUAUGAAUUAAAAGGGGCCCCUGCUCUUACGUGUUGCCUUAAAUAGCACAUCUUAUGAGGCAGACCAAAAUGAAAUGCAGACUCCAGUGGGACUGUAAUAAAUGCAGCUAAGUCUCUUUAAGGAUAUAUCCCAAAAGCUGCAUGUUAAUUGCUCACAUCUUUCCUUGAAGAGAUCUGGAAAAUUAAUGAAAGAUCAGCUGUAUGACUGGAACUGUCAGACUGGAUGCCUGUAUGUAUACAUAGGACCAUAUACACAAUUAAAUCACUUCUAAUUGCAGUCUUUUCAGUCUGAACUGGCUGCAAUAUAGCAGAGCUUACUACUCAUACAACAACAUGCUCAUUCAAGUGCUAAUUCAGUUGCCUUUAUCCAAUGCUAGAUUAACCCAUUCAGCCUGUUCCACGCUGACUCUCCAUCAAAAUUUUCUCUGCAAGAUGUUCCACCAGUGCAUAGAUGGGGUGCUGCUAUGAAAAGCCCACAUGUUCAGUGACUAGAAGUGUGAGUGGUCUGUUCAACAUGAGCACCUACUGAUGGGCAUAAUGUCACAGUAGGCAGUGGAAAAUUCAGGAAAACAUUUUUUAUACAGGCAUACAUCGAGUUGUCAAACUGAUCUUAUAAAGUAUUUUAGCAAUUUAGCAAGUAUAAACCUGUUGCAGAUAACAGUAUGAGUUUUACUUGUUUCUAAUUCUUUUAAGCAGGCAGACAUGCAAACACCUCCAAUAUUUGUAAGAUUUUUCAACAGGUUAAAACUGUUGAAUCAAAAAUAACUAAUUUAAUCUACGUGAAACAUACUUUGGAACUUGUGGAGCCUCUAAAAAAUACAAAAACUCUUGUUAUGCUUUUGAGUCUAAUACUCAAGAACUGGAUUCCUACCAUUCCCUGAAUUACUUGUUUUAUAACAAACAUGUAACUGAAACUCCCGCUCGCUCGGAUUCCAUAAGCUGCUUAUACAUCUGCUGAUGAGCCUCAGUGAAUCUAAGAACUCUCAGUCUUUUAAAAAGGCUACAAGGAGAAGCAACUGUUCAUGCCCAUGUUUUAUUCCACAGGCUGCUUUAAGAAGCUGCAACACACACGGCUGCUGAAGGCUUAUUACAGUUCUCUUGAAGAUACAAGAACUCCCGGUCCAUCAUUAGCAUCUCAACACAUGGAUUCCUGGAAGAUGCCUGCAAUAUCGACAUUAUCAGACUCGUAACUGCCCCAUACAUGGUCUUUCCCCAAACCCAAGUUUACUGCACAGCCAGAUUUAUCAGGAAAACACAGAUAAGUUGACUUGCAGCCUGAGUGCACCCCAGGGGGGGUUGUUCUGAGAGGCCUGAAAGAAUUCGGGCAAGGUGUGGCUGUCUCACUACUAAAAAAUACCUUUGUUUUACUUCUAGGAGAGAAAUCUCAACAUAGAAUCACAAGUAGGUGAUAAGGGCAGCAAGAGCUCUUUUUUUGAGGACAGCCCAACAAUGCUCUCAGAAAUUACAGAUGCAGGAGCCCCUGGCAAAUGGUUUAAAUGACAAAGAGGAUACAUCAAGAAAUCUUCAACUGUUCUUUUCUUUCUUAGAAGGACUAACAGCUCUCCAAGUAUUUCAAGUCCUUUGGUCAGAUCAAUCAGGCCCGCAGGGAGAACCUAUUGAGGCUGCUGGGUUCUUCAGUGUCCUAAACCGGGAGCGUAAACACUGCAGAAAUCUGCACUUCCAGUGUUCCCUUUUUCAGGGACAGAGAAAAGGACAUGUCUGGUCAUCAGUGCAUGAGGUGAACAGCUGGACCCUCUGGUUCCAGUCACCAACAGCCAGUUGUGUUUUCUCCUCACUUGUGGAAACUAAAAAAGUGAAACCAAGCUGGGUUUUUGUUGUGGUGGUGGUGUUAAUUUGGUUUAUUGAAUUGUUUGUUCGUUUGUGGUUUUUUUAAUGCACAUCAGCUAUGGCUCACUCUGAUGAUAUUUAGUUGGCAAAGUUUUCACUGAAAUCCAAAAAAAGUCAAAUAAUACAAGGAAGUCUGCAAAUACAGAUCCAUUGCCUUACUCCAGGGAGGUUCUUUUCCUGUUUUGCAGAAAUGUUUUCCUAUAGAUGUUCCUGACCUGUCUUGGGGGCACUGGACAAGGAGAUUGGACCUGUCACAUCUCAGGGGUAUUUCAUUUUACCCGAGCUGAUGGCAGAUCCUGUGUCCCCGAGUGUUUCACCCAGGACCUACAGAAAUCCACUUGUUGCUUCUGGGGGAGGAUGGGGGGAACCGGUGGGGAGCCAGGACUUCCAUCUGAGCUUUAACCCCCACAGAGCCAGUGCCCAGAGCUGCUGUGAUAAAGGAGGUUUGCAAGGCAAAGGUCUGUCCACAGAUAACGUCAUGUAAAUGCUUCCCUUGGCAGUGGAGGGCAAUUCCAUCAGCAGACACUGACGCCAGAGCACUUGGAACUCUCCUUUCCUCUCCAAUAUAAAAAUCAGAAGGGGGAAUCUGUGCUGGAGCAGUUUGGGAAGGAGUGCAGCCCAUUGGAAGGAGCCACGCCGGAGCAGUUUGCGAAAGGCUGUAUUCCUGGGGAACAGAUGCAUGCUGGAGAAAGGGAAGAGCACGAACAGGAAGGAGCAGCAGAGGCAAAGUGUUCCGAACUGAUCCCCAUCCCCGUUCCCCAGCCCUGUGUGCCACUCAGUGGGGGAGGACAUAGAGGGAUGGGUAAUGAUGGAGUGAAGUGGAGCCUGGGAAGCAGGUGGGGGUGGUGGUUUAGAUGUGUCUCUUUUAACCAUCCCAAAUCUAUUUGACUUGGCAAUCAAUUAAGUUGUCACCUGGUAUUACUUUGGGUUUUUUUCAGUGCUUGUUCCUGACAGCAAAUGCUGAUGACGUUCCACCAAGCACGGGAUGUGGGGUAGGAUCUGCUGGAGGGGUGGCUGGUGCCACCAGGGCCCUGAGCUGUGGCUGCACAAGUGCUGGCAGGAGGCAGCAGGUGCCAGGGGAGGAGGACUUGGCCAUGGGCAGUGGCUGCUGCCACACUGCCAGGUCCUGUUGCCAAAACCUCUGCAGGCUCAUCACGUUCUGUAACGUGUUUUUUCUCUUGAAACUUUUUUUCUAUCCAAAUAAAAUCACUGAUGUUGC